AAGGCUGAACAAAGAGGCUGACAAAGUGGCCGAUGUGGAGGCACCAUGGGGAGGAUGCUGCUCUGGGCCUGUUUGGCUGUUUUGCUGCAGGUGCAACUAGGCUCAGCCUAUAAGCUAGUGUGCUACUUCACCAACUGGUCCCAAUAUCGACCAGAUGCAGCCAAGUUCUUCCCUAAGGAUGUGGACCCAUGUCUGUGCACACACCUGAUAUAUGCCUUUGCCACCAUGAAUGACAACAAAAUUGCUCCUUACGAAUGGAAUGACAUAGACGUCCUGUAUCCUCAGUUCCGAGCUCUCAAAGAACGCAAUGGAGAUCUGGUUAACUUGCUCGCCAUCGGCGGCUGGAACUUUGGCACUCAGAAAUUCACCACCAUGGUCUCUACGGAGACCAAUCGUAAGAUCUUCAUCUGCUCUGUCAUUGACUUCCUUCGGCAACAUGGAUUUGAUGGCAUUGACCUGGAUAUUGAAUACCCAGGGUCCCGUGGAAGCCCACCAGAGGACAAGCAGCGAUUUACCAUCUUAAUUAAGGAAAUGCUAGAGGCUUUUGAAGAAGAGGCCAAAGAAACAGGACGCCCCAGGCUACUUAUCACAGCAGCUGUAUCUGCUGGCAAGGGGACCAUUGAUGCAGGAUACGAAAUUGCAGAGAUUGGAAAGCUCCUCGAUUUCAUCAGUGUGAUGACCUAUGAUUUUCACGGUGGCUGGGACACAACUACAGGACACAACAGUCCCCUGCAUGUAGGAUCUAAGGAUCAAGGCGACAUGCGUUAUUUCAACUCUGAAUAUGCCAUGAAAUACUGGAGAGACAAUGGGGUCCCUGCAGAAAAGCUCAUCAUGGGGUUCCCCACCUAUGGGAGGACCUUCCGACUCAGCAGUUCUGACACCUCAGUUGGUGCCCCAGUCUCUGGAGCAGGGUCAUCUGGUCCUUACACACGUGAGGCUGGCUUCUGGGCUUACUAUGAGAUCUGCACAUUCUUAAGUGGAGCCACAAAUGCCUGGAUUGAAGACCAAAAAGUACCAUAUGCUUACAAAGACACUGAGUGGAUUGGCUAUGACAAUAUUGAGAGCUAUGGAUAUAAGGUUGACUUCGUUAAGGAGAAUAAUUUUGGCGGGGCCAUGGUUUGGGCCAUUGAUCUGGAUGACUUCUCGGGCUCCUUCUGCAAGGAGGGCAAACAUCCACUCAUAAGCAAGCUGAAGUCACUCCUGGGCCUGUCCUCAGAAUGUACUCCACCAGCCACCAAAACCUGGUAUAACCAACCUAUGACACCCAGAAGUGAAGGCUUCUGCGCUAAUAUUGGUGGAGGUGGCAGUGGUGGUGAAGGCGGUGGUGAUGGAGGAAGCGGUGGAGAAGGUGGUGGUGAUGGGGGCAGUGGAGGAGAUGGAGGUUUCUGUACUGGUAAAGCAGAUGGUAUCUACAGUGAUCCUGAAAACAACACUAAGUUCUACCAGUGUGUGCAAGGCAAGACGUUUCACCUCCAGUGUGCUCAAGGUUUGGUCUUUGACCAGAACUGUAAAUGUUGCAAUUGGCCUUAAGUUAAAAAUGUUGUUAAAUUACAUCCUCCAAUAUUUCAUGCAAUCUACAUAUUAUUUUAACCUCUCCAACACAUGGAAAGCCCUACUCCACUAAAAUAGCAUUACAAUAAGGCUUUACUCUAUUAAAACCUAAAAAAUAAACUCUGUAAACUCCUUGAAGCAAAUCCACAUGUAAAAUAAAUACGGCACAGCAUAUUUUGUUCUUGGUA